AUGGGCCGCCCGAAGGUGCAUCCCGCCAAUCGCUUGCGCGCCAACACCGCCUGCACGGCUUGCCGUGCUUCCAAGAAGCGCUGCAGUGGCAGCUUUCCCUGUACCAACUGCAUCCACAAAAGCCGGGCGCGAUCGUGCAUACCAUUCAAGUCCAUUACCGACACGCCCGUCGGAGCGCGCUUGAGACCGGAUACUAGAUCGCAUGGAGAGCAAAAUGAGAGCGGGAAUACCCUAAGUACCGAGUGGCAAAGUCCCUUGAUCUCACCUCGUGAUGAUUCCAUCAGUCAACCGCGGCUUGAACAGGCCCCGGAGGCCGGGUCGCGCUCACCAGAGGCCACUCAUCGCACGCAUCCCCUAUAUGUCGGUAAAGCUGCUUCCCUGUCCUUCUUGCAGCUUCUUCGGGACACCGUUACCCAACAUAUUGGGCCUUCACAGUUUUCACACAAUUUCCGAAGUGAAGACAUGCUGGAGACAGAGGCUCAUCAUGAUCCUUCAAACUUCAACGAGGAAAAUUGUACCCUGGAUGACCAACGCCGAUACAUCCAGGCCUUCCAUGCAGUGACCAGUGGCUUCAUUUACCUGGGAAGUAACAUAGAGGCACUUCUACAAGACCCCACAGAGCCAAAAUCAGACCGAGAAAAGACUCGGGCGGCCAUCCGAGAUUUGAUAAUAGCCAUUGGAGCUCAGUCAUGUCCUAGUGAACCCGAGACGGUCCAGUUAGAACGUUUCUUUUUCACCCGCGGCCAGCGCAGGACGUUCGCCAAUCUGCUUGAAGACCCAAGCAUGGACUUGGUCCGGGCCUUUCUACUAAUGUCGUUCUAUAUGUUUGGUGCGUGUCGCCGAAAUGCAGCUUUCAUGUAUCUCGGGGUAGCGGCCCGAUCAGCUGUAGCAUUGGGCCUUCAUACCGAUUCAGCAGAGUCUUUAGGCCAUAGUGAACAGCAGGAACGAUGUAGACUCUGGAUGAGUCUCUGUGUGAUCGAUCUCCUGGCGAGCUCGAUCCUUGGCCGUCCCGCAGCCACGGCCGCUUUGCUCCCAGAGAACCGCAGUGACCUCUGCCGCAUACCAACAACUACUGCCGAAAUUAGCAUAUUUGCCUCUUACCAGCUCUCCCUCAUACUAGAGGAGAUUAUUGGCAGAUUAUACAGCGAGAAAGCCGCGUCGACUGAAACCGCAGAUUUUCUUCUCAGAGAACUGAAUCGCUGGAGCGACCGGCUUCCUGAUUCACUGCGUGCCCCAUCCGAGAGUUCAGACCCCAGUGUAGUGCAAGAACGAAUUAUUGGGAAUAUGCAUGUGGCAUGCUCCUAUCAUUUUGCCGUUAUCCUCGUCACGCGUCCGUUUCUCAUUUCAACACUUAGCGUCCGGCUGGCCCGGCUACACCAGAGCCUCUCCACGAAUAUGUUGAGUGAGAUACGGGAUGAAGAUCCUGCCCAUUCGCGUCUUGCAGCUGCGUGUAUCGACUCGGCAGUUUAUAUGCUGCAGACAUGUUUUGAAGUGCAUCAAUCAGGGCAUCUCCUUCGGAACAUGGGAAUUUUGAAAGCAUUUAUAUUUGCAGCAGCUUUGGUGCUAGGAUUUUCCAUGUUCAGCCAUCGCGACGUUGAUAGCGAAAUUGACAACGCCUUCACAGGAGCACUGGCAAUUCUGCAAAUGCUCGCACAACAAUCAGCCCAAGCGGCUCACUAUUUGGAGAUAUUGACAAUGCUGGAGGCGGCCAUCAAGCAGCAGCGCCAGAGACAGUCUGACCAAGCGCGACAACGUCGCAGUCGGUACGUCAACCGGAUUUUCAGUCUGAGUGAGAGCCCGUCGACGCCAAGGAUACCGAACCAAGACGAUAGCCGAACCGACUCGACUCCGCUAAGCCUAGGCGGCCCGUUCUAUCCGUGGAUCCCACAGGAAGGCGGACCAGCGACUGUGACACCCCCUUCAAUGGAGGGAGCAUUCUUGGACUGGGAGGAUACACUUGAGGGGAUGCACCACAUGGAACGACGAUUACUGAAGAAUGAGAUACCCCGUGAUGAUCAAGUAUAUUUCAUGCUAUCCGCAUCGAACACCAAGCCGGCAAAAUGCGGGGUCUUGGUAUACUCUAUGAACCCAAGCUGGAAACGCCUCAACGUUGGUGUGGUGGGCGGCGGCAUCGGCGGCAUGUCAGUGGCGAUCGCCCUCCGCCGCGCCGGCCACGAGGUGACCGUUUACGAGCGCUCUGAUUUCGCUGGCGAAGUUGGUGCUUCUGUCUCUUGUGCUGCUAAUGGAACCCGUUGGCUCCAUGAGUGGGGUGUGGAUGUCGCCAAAGGCGACCCUGUCGUGUUGAAGAAGCUGAUCAACCGCGACUGGAAGACCGGGGAGCCAGUCAGUGUCUAUAACCUGGAUGAUUAUGAAAAGCGUUGGGGAUAUGUGUAUAACAUGUUCCACCGUCAAUAUAUGCAUGCGAUGCUGAAGGAUUCUGCUCUCGGCGACGAGGGGGAAGGGACGCCGGCGAAGUUGGUGGUCAAUCAUAAGUGUCGUGACAUCGACCUCAAGACCAACACUGUCACCUUUGAGCAUGGUGCAUCCGCGCAACACGACCUCAUUAUUGGCGCAGACGGCAUCGGCUCCGCGGUUCGCGGAAUCCUGGGAAUCCGUCCUGAAAAACGUCCCUCAGAGUCCAGUUGUCUCCACGCCAAUGUUAGCACCGAUGAAGCCGUGAAGCUGGGACUGGUCGAUUACUCGCAAGAUAGCGCUCUUGAAUACUGGGGCGGACAAGAAGGCAAAUGGGACAAGAUCGUUUUGUCACCUUGCAAUAACGGCAAACUCCUCUCAUACUACUGCUUCUUCCCCCGGGAUCAGGGUGACUAUUCAACGCAAGCGUGGGGUGCAGAGUCCCGGCCCGUGGAAGAGCUGCUGAAGCCAUAUCCCAAUCUCGAUCGCCAGGUUCUUCAGCAUCUCUCCAUUGGCAAGGAAAUCCAACCCUGGCGCCUUUGGGUGCACGACCCAUACCCUUAUAUUCACCAGGGCAGUGUCUGCUUAUUGGGCGAUGCAGGACAUCCCAUGAUGCCGCAUCAGAGCCAAGGGGCUUGCAUGGCUAUUGAAGAUGCUGCAGCUCUGGGAAUCCUUUUCAACAAACAAUAUUUCAACGGCGACAUUGCCCAAGCCCUUGCUGUGUACGAGGCGGUUCGUUUGCCCCGUGUGACGAGAGUGCAGGCGGCAGCUGCAAAGGCAGCGUAUAACAUCAACGAGAGAAUCGGAUUCUCCGUCAACAAGGACACACCGACCUACAAGGUGGAAGACCCAAAGAAAGUAUUGACCAUCGAGGAAAUGAAUGCUUAUGACAUGUACCGGGAUAUCGAGGAGAAACUCGCCGCCAAGCGGGGCAGCCCUUACGCUGGCAAGUUCAUCUGUGGACUCCCCAUCGGAUUGGAAUUGCCUAGUGGAAUUACCAUUGGAGCCUAA